UGCAGGUCAGAGGAGACCAGACUGGCCCUGAUGGGCCAAGGGUCUGUCUCAGGAGAAGGCAGGUUCUCGUGCUCAGUUAUGGCUGCUAGAGACAGAAGGAUCCCACUGUCAGGUCUGACUUUGUAUGAUCUUAUGUAGCCAGAGCAACGCCAUUUUAACUAUGUCUUUGCAAGCUUUCUUCCCUUGCAGGUGCAAUCUACUUCAAAGACUGAACUGUUUUGUCUACGACCUCGGCUCAUCCUGAGAAUGUUUUGUUUCUGCAGCUUCCUGCAACAUGUUAUGGGAACAGUGGGGGGUGGCUGGGCACCGCUCUCUAUGCUAGCUUGUGUUUAACCUUGUAUCUCCCACCACAGGCAGCCAACUGGGAGGCUCCAAGGUGAGGGGUGGAGAGCAGAGAAACAACAGAGCCGCUGUCCAGUGGCUGUAGCAUGUGUCAGCAUCAGACCUGGUGUAGUGCCGUAGCCGUUUGUACCCUUGUCAUUAAUGCCCCCACUUUUCUCUCUCAGACCCUGAAAUUUGGCCUUCUCUCCGCCCAGGCGGACGAUCGUCUUUCCGGAAUGCAGCUGGGCCACAAACACCACCUGGGGGUGGAUGGACUUCCUGUGGACCACGACCUCUCUUACGCCUACUACGCCAACGUUGCAGCCCAGACCGUAGCUGACCGGGAGCUGUCCAGGGAGGGGCAGGCCUUUGUGGAGCACAUCCGGCUGAUUGACGAGGACGCCCUCAAGCUGCAGACCAAAGAGAACGAUGACCUCUUUGUGUGGCUGAGGUUCCAGGCUCGGAGAGGCAUGGCCGAGGCUCAGCAAGCGGUGAGCAGGAUGUUGUUCUGGGGGCAGCAAGGAAUCUCCAGCAAGCUGAAGGAAGCGGUGAAGUUCUACGAGAAAGGAGCCGCUCGGCUCAAAGACCCCACCCUGAUGUACGACUAUGGAGUGGUGCUUCUGAAGUCACUCAUUCAUUUACUCCCCUUGAGUGAUCUGUUUGGAGCGAUCACAUACUGA